AUUUUGUUUUUAAAUUCCUUGAAAAUAUUUGUCCAAAUAAAAAAAUUUGCGUACUAUUUCAGAAUAAUAUAAUCAAAAUUAAUAGCGUAAUUAAAUGGAACCUGCCAUGAGUGAAGAAUUUGAACCAAAAGAAUUACCCGUUUCGGAGGCGAAACCGAAAUCUGCAUCAAGGGAUUUAAAUCGAUUUCAGGACCUUAAAGACAUAGCAAAUCGAUUACGUGUGCAUGCAAUUAGAGCAACACAGGCCUCUAAAUCCGGACAUCCCACUUCCUGUUCAUCCAUUGCCGAGAUUCUAGCCGUACUGUUUUUUAAUGUAAUGCGUUUGGACAUUAAGGAACCGCGCAAUCCGGCUAGUGAUCGUCUGGUGCUAUCCAAAGGUCAUGCAGCACCCAUACUCUAUGCUGCCUGGGCAGAAGCUGGACUCUUUCCUGUUGAAGAUCUUCAAAAUUUACGUAAAAUCGAUUCCGAUCUUGAAGGUCAUCCUACACCCCGAUUGAAUUUUAUUGAUGUGGGUACCGGCUCAUUGGGUCAAGGUGUAGCAGUGGCAUCUGGUAUGGCAUAUGUAGGCAAGAAUUUGGAUAAAGCCGAUUAUAGGACCUACUGCAUUAUUGGCGAUGGUGAAUCAGCGGAGGGUUCUAUAUGGGAGUCUCUAAAUUUCGCAAGUUUCUAUGGUUUGGAUAACUUGUGCGUCAUAUUCGAUGUCAACCGCUUGGGACAGUCUGACCCCACACAACUGCAGCAUAACUUGGAUGUUUAUGAAAAACGUGUGAACGCAUUCGGUUUCAAUGCGCUUGUUGUGGACGGUCACAAUAUCGAAGAAUUAAUCAAGUCCUUCGAAGUGGCAGCCACUACCAAAAACAAACCAACCGCCAUCAUUGCAAAAACAUUUAAAGGUAAAUCUUUCCCCGAAAUUGAGGAUCAAGAAAAUUGGCAUGGCAAACCAUUGGGUGAUAAAGCAUGCCCAGUUAUAAGAACAAUUGAAAAUUCGAUCAUCAAUCGACCGCCAUGUCCAGUGGCAUUAAAUCCAAAAACAGCUGAUGGCAUGACGGUACCUGAAGUCAAUAUUACGAAUGCAAAAUUAUCUGCGCCACCAUCUUACACAUUGGGCGAAGAAAUAGCCACACGUGUCGCUUACGGUACAGCACUGGCCAAGUUGGCAGGUGGGUGUGAUCGUGUGAUAGCGCUCGAUGGCGAUACAAAGAACUCCACUUACUCAGAUAAGCUAAAGCAACAAUUUCCCGACCGUUUCAUUGAAUGCUACAUUGCAGAGCAAAAUCUUGUUGGAGUAACCAUUGGCGCCACCUGUCGUAAUCGUACAAUAGCCUUCGCCUCCACAUUUGCCGCAUUUUUAUCGCGUGCAUUUGAUCAAAUUCGUAUGGGUGCUAUAUCUCAGACUAAUGCCAAUUUCUGUGGUUCCCACUGUGGUGUGAGCAUCGGCGAGGAUGGCGCUUCACAGAUGGCACUCGAAGACAUCGCCAUGUUUCGCGCAAUACCAGGUAGCACUGUCUUCUAUCCCUCUGAUGCGGUGAGCACUGAACGCGCCGUGGAACUGGCUGCAAAUACACCAGGUAUAUGCUUUAUACGUACCUCCAGACCGAGUACGACAAUUAUUUACAAAAAUGAGGAGGUAUUUCAAGUGGGCAUAGGUAAGGUUGUGAAACAGUCACGAAAAGAUAAAGUACUCUUAAUCGGUGCUGGCAUAACGCUAUACGAAUGUUUGGCUGCUGCUGCAGAUCUUGAGAAAAAAGGAAUAAAAGUACGAGUUAUUGAUCCUUUCACUAUUAAACCGUUAGAUGCAGGUCUAAUAAUGGCGAAUGGGCGUGCAUGUAAUGGGCGUAUUAUUGUAGUUGAAGACCAUUACCAACAAGGUGGUUUGGGCGAGGCUGUGCUCAGUGCUCUUGCGAUAGAACGUGAUAUGGAGGUGAAGCACUUAUAUGUACCGGAAGUACCGCGCUCUGGACCGCCAACAACCCUUAUCGAUAUGUUUGGCAUCUCAUCGCGUCAUAUUAUAGAGGCAGUGACCAGUUAUAUGGGAUGCAAUUGCGCAUCACUACAUAUUGAGGAUUGAAGAAGCUACACUACACACAUUCCGCAUUCAACGGAAUCACAAGUUUGAAGGUCGAAACCCGCUACAGUCCGUUUUAACAUAUCGAUC